AAAACAGAGAGUGAUAAAUUAGUAAUUUUCUUUCUUUAAAAGAAUAAAAAGAUAGGAGAGAGAGAAGUAGAUAACGAAAAUGGCGUCCAUCUCCUUCUUCGAAUCACUACCGGCGCCUUCUCUCUCUUCUUCUCUACCCGCCACAAAUACUUCCAGACUUCAAACGCCGUCGUUUUCUGUGCCACAUUUAUCUCCUCAAUUGAAGCAUUCUUCCAGGAUAAUUUGCAAUGCUCAAACUACUACAGCUUUCGCAGUGUCAAGAAGGAAUGCGAUGGUGGGACUUUUCUCAGGAUGUAUUGCCACGCAAGUCAUAACCCAUGACCGUGCAUUUGCUGAACAGUCGGUUGGUUUUAGGGAGUAUAUAGACUUUUUCGAUGGUUAUUCCCUGAGGUACCCUCAGACCUGGAUCCAAGUUAAAGGUGCUGGAGCAGACAUAUUCUUCAGGGAUCCUUUUGUUCUCGAUGAAAAUCUUUCAGUUAAUAUCUCUUCACCCUCAUCAUCUUACUACAAGAGUGUUGAGGAUUUGGGCCCACCAGAAGAAGCUGGGAAAAAUGUACUGAAGCAGUAUCUAACAGAGUUCAUGUCUACCAGACUUGGUGUUCGGCGUGAAUCAAACGUUCUCUCCGCGUCUUCUAGAGUUGCUGAUGAUGGCAGGCUCUAUUAUCAAAUUGAAGUGAACAUUAAGUCUUAUGCCAACAACAACGAGUUGGCUGUCAUGCCCCAGGAGCGAGUGGUUAGAAAAGAAUGGGAUCGAAGGUACCUGUCAGUUCUUGGAGUGGAAAACAGCAGGCUAUAUGAGUUGCGGUUACAAGUACCUGAAGAUGUAUUACGGGAAGCAGAAAAUGAUAUACGUCAAGUAAUGGAUUCCUUCAGAGUAAACAAGGUCACAGUUUAAGCAUACUAUUCUCAGAAGGCAUUUCCUUCACAAUCUUUACUCAAGAUUCAAGUCUCACUUGUAUUGUCACCAAUGUCCAAGGCGAAGUUUGUGAUUCCAGCUCCAUCGAUAACCCACCAGUUCGGGUUGGUUGAUUUUAUUUCUAUUUUGCAAUCUUUCUGAGCCGUAUCUUUCUCGAAUCACAAUGUUACCCAGCUCGUGUAUAGGCUAUAGAUCAUGAUCGCAAAUCAGGUGUAUUAAAUGUUACUUUAUUAAAAAAUUUGGCUACCGUAUGAUGGAAAGAAAUGAAGAUUGCAGUUCAGUAGCA